CACUCUCACAUAUAAAUUUGCAUUCAUUCAGUGAACGAAAUCCAUAUACUGAAAUUAGGGUUCGUAUUUUCGGCAACAUAAACCCUCACUCGCAAAUUCUUCGUCUUCCCAACCUUUCAGAUUUGCAAACAUGGCGACUCAAAUGAGCAAGAAGAGAAAGUUCGUCGCUGACGGAGUUUUCUUCGCUGAGCUGAACGAGGUUUUGACCAGAGAGCUUGCCGAGGAUGGUUACUCUGGUGUUGAGGUUAGGGUUACACCUAUGCGCACUGAAAUCAUCAUUAGGGCCACUCGCACCCAAGCUGUUCUUGGUGAGAAGGGAAGGAGGAUUAGGGAGCUAACCUCUGUGGUGCAGAAGAGGUUCAAGUUUCCUGAGAACAGUGUUGAACUCUAUGCUGAGAAGGUUAACAACAGGGGUCUGUGUGCUAUUGCCCAAGCAGAAUCUCUUCGCUACAAGCUCCUUGGAGGUCUUGCUGUCAGGAGGGCCUGCUAUGGUGUUUUGAGGUUCGUAAUGGAAAAUGGUGCCAAAGGUUGUGAGGUCAUUGUUAGUGGGAAAUUGAGGGCACAGAGAGCCAAAUCCAUGAAGUUCAAGGAUGGCUACAUGAUUUCUUCUGGUCAGCCAGUUAAGGAUUACAUCGACUCUGCUGUUAGACAUGUUCUUCUCAGACAGGGUGUGCUUGGUAUCAAAGUCAAGAUCAUGCUUGAUUGGGAUCCUAAAGGGAAGGUCGGUCCCAAAACUCCCCUCCCUGAUAUUGUUACUAUCCACCCACCGAAAGAGGAAGAAGAUUAUAUCCGGCCGCCUGCUGCAGUUCUGUCAAGUGAAAUUGAAGUUCCUGUUCCUGUUGCAUGAAAUGGCCUGGAAUAGUGGUUCAUAGUACCUGAAUUGUUGGUUUUUCUUUUUGGCAUGUGAUGUUUGUUGUCGGAGACAUAAGUUUGAAAUCUUCCUAAUUUAAUAUCGCCUGAAAGAAUUUUGUAAUACUCCAGUUAUAAGAUUUUUCAGCAUUAGUUCUAUUUCUUAUUUCUUUUU